AUGGCUGCCGAGAGUAAUACAGAUGAUGGCCGGAGUCGACAGGAAUCAGUUGGCACUUCGUCCGUUGGACAACAGCUUCCAUCACUGAGCAGCCUCUUUGGCCCGCCCUCAGCUAUGCGACCUCUCAACUCUCCACACACGGAGCGCCAUGGAAUAUAUCCUUCGCCUUCUCCCCUGGACAGGCCACGGCUUUCAUCGAGUGGAAACCUAUCCAGCUCCUACUUCCCGCAGACCAUUUCACCUUCUCCGCUGCAAUCGAGAAAUCUAUAUGACACUGCCUACAAUUACCACGAUAGACAGUCCACCCACGCCCCGACAUCUUCCUUCCCUGGGCCGCAAUCGCCCGAAUACUCAACCCACAAUCACAUCGGCCCAGAUGCGCGUUACGAACCCGAAAUGCCGCGCAAGUGGUCCGCCUACCGCGAGGACAGCAGGCAAGACUAUCAGGCGGCUGGAUCCCGCGACUCAUCUUACCUACAAAGUCAAGAUAAACUCAGGCUUCAUCUCCCAGGACAGAAGGAUCCAGCCCACGAUUAUAGCGAACGGCGACCCAGUCAAGUUCCCAGUUCGGACGGCAACCCGCCAUCGACUUCGGCUACCUCCAUGCCCUCUGAUAUUGCUGUUUCCAAAGAUGGCCUGGGUCCCAAAAUCUGGACCGGCACACAUUUUCUCCCACGAUUUGUGCGAGCAGCAGAGGUACCUGGCGAAGGCAUGUGCUAUUUCUACGACGAUGGAAGCCACUGCAAGACCGUCAUUGACGGCGAGGCGGUAAAUGCUCACUGGGGUGUGACCAAGGCGGGCAAGCCUCGCAAGCGACUGGCUAUUGCUUGCGUGACAUGCAGGGAGAAGAAGAUCAAGUGUGACCCGGACUAUCCACGAUGCGUCCAGUGCGAAAAGUUUGGUCGUAUCUGCAAAUUCAAGAAUGCAUCGCCGCGAGCAAUGCAACCUCCUUCUCCAGAUCGCGGAUACAGCAAGAGGCUGAAGUUGGGCCCCGAAGCGUACAUUUCUAACGGUGAACCGCCCGCGUCCUUUAAUCGUCGAUUGGACUACCUCAAACCGCGAAUCGCCGAGCCGGCACCGCCACCACUUCUCCCCGAGCCGUCCAAGAUCCCCGAUGAUGUUCUUGGCCGUGCUUGGCGGACAGACCCUUUCGCCUCGACCCCUGACUUGAUCACCAGUGCUCUAAGCAGGUUCUUCGCCAAUGUGGACAGCACUAUGAUCCUCCAGUUUCUUCCGGAGGAGGUCUUCCAGCGCUGGGUCGUGACUUCUGUUGGACAAAAGUCUCCCGAAGACUUGAUGCUCCUCUACAGCAUCCUCGCUGUUGGCUCUGCGCUCUGCGGCGAUCCCAAGCAUAUUGCUUUCGAAUACGCCCAGGUGGCUCACUAUGCGCAAAGGAUGACAGGGGUCCAGUGCCUACAGCUAGUGCAGAGCAAGAUUCUCCUUGCCGUGUACUAUAUCUCGACCUGCCGAGCCCGAGAAGCCGAUGAGCUGAUUUCUUCAGCAGCGGCUGGCGCUGCGUGCUUGCAGCUGAGCUUGGAACUCGACCACUCCCGGGAAUCGGUCAUGACUGUGUAUCCUCUGGGGCUAAACAGGACGGGCUAUGCUGAAGCUCGCAGGAGGACUCUUUGGUCACUGUUCAUGCUGGAGAGGCUUGGCGGGUUAUUUCCGGAGCGCCCGCCGAUGACCAAUGCAGAGGACAUUUACAUUCGACUCCCUGCCGACCUUAAUAGCUUCGAGAAGCAAGCCGAGUCCCACGCGCGAACCUUUGACCCGUAUUGUGGCCGUGACGUGUCCGACGAGCGAUCGUCAGACACCACCGUCACGGGCUACUAUCUCGAAAUGGUGCACAUCUGGUCGGACUGCCAGGCCUCCAUCUACAGAAUGGCUUCUAGACGGACUUCCACCGAGGCCGACACCAAGCUACAGGAUCUCGUCAAGAGAGCCAAGAACUGGGCUGCCUCGCUCCCCUCUCGUAUGACGUUUGGCGGCGCAAACAUUGAGUCGGCUGCUUUUACGAGAAGCACAGGUUCUUUUCUCAGCAUGCAUUUUCUUUACCACCAUACUAUGAUCGAGUUAAACCGACACCGCUACGGAGCCGGCCAGCUACCCAAGGAUGUCCAGUUGGGGCAUUCGGCCGAAUGCCGAGAACACGCAAGCCGGGUCCUUGAGAUGCUGAACAGCCUUGAGCGUAUCCUGAGGGUCAGGUCUGCACUGCUGAGCAUUCCUCCUCCUGCCAUGGCCGUCGCCGUCACGGAAGCUGUCGAUGUUUUGACUGCUAGUGGUCCGAUGGCUGUCCUGGGCGAAGUGAUUGAUCGAGUUCGAAUUGCCCAGUCGGCUGUUGACAAGAUGAAGGACGUCUGGGAGGCAUCCUCAAAGGACGGUCUAGCCAUCCACCGGCGUCUGCAAAAGCUGAACCGCAUUCGCGAGCUAGGAUCGCGGCCGCCCAGCCCUAUCCAGGGCUAUCGCUUGCUUCCUCUGUCAGAUGACACCAAGGAGAAGGAGCUCAGCCACUGGCAAAUAUUCGAUCCUCUCGAGCAAACAUUUCCUAGAGACAUGGACGUGAUUUACGUCGGAUUCGACUAG